UACACACCGGAAAAAUUGAUUGUAACAUUUAUAUUUAUUCGUAUCUAAACACAGGAAAGUCAUAUAUUAAAUUCCAAAUCGAAAUAUCCUUGCUUUUAUUUCCAUCCGCUGCAUUCUUAGAUACCGUUACAAAUAGUGAAAUAACAUAUUGGAUAUGUAUUGAGUACUGUAGUGACACAAGAAGAUGGAGCCUAUAUCUAACAUUGUUAAAGUUACUCUUCCUAAUUAUUUGUCUGGUUUACCUAUUCCUAGUUCAUUAUGUGGUUGGUUUAAACUCGGAGUUCGAGAUUGGGUAUCUCUUGUCCCUUUUGGAGCUGCGAUAGCAGGAAUAACAUACAUGUCCUAUAGAGCGUUUUGUCCUCUAGCAAAAGGACACUGUUCAAAGAAAUUUUCUAAGCCAGUUGUAAACCCAGAUAUUCAGAAGGAAAAUGCAAAGGUAGUUGACAGUUUUGAUGUAGAAGACAUAGGAGAAAAGGCUGUUUUUUGCCGAUGUUGGAGGAGCAAAAAGUUUCCAUACUGUGAUGGUGCUCAUGGCGCACACAAUAAAGAGACUGGUGAUAAUGUAGGACCAAUCUGUAUCCUGCGCAAAAAUAAGUAGCGGAAAUAGCAAGCAUACUACCGUAUCUUACCAAUAUGCUCCGGUUGCGGUUUACAGUUGUUAUCUCCAUUUGUUAUAGAUAAACAUAUGAUUGUAAAACCUAUUACUUUUGCUUUGAAAAGAAAAUUUCUUAAACCAGGUGCAUGGAAGUUAUAAUAAAGUUAUAGAACUCAUUUCCCAAAUGUGUAUCAGAAGUUAUUUUCAGCUUUUAUAGUGGUUGCUGAUGUAGAGGCGUUGCGUAAUUGAGAAGUUACAAAUUGGAUCUCCAUUGCUUCCCUCCCAUUUCAGUAUUUUCAUUUAGAAUAGAAUUUGUAUUUGUGUUUAUGAAGGGAUGGGUGAAUCUACCUUUUAUGUGGUGUAUGGGUUGUUGAAGAAACGUUUAUACAUGAACAGUAAUAAUUCUACAGAAUAAUCCUCACACUAGAGGCAACAGGCUUACAACAUUAAAACCAUUAUGUGCUGAUGGUUUCAGGCAUUUUAGGUACAUGCCUGUCCUUCUGAAACUCAGUGCCCAAAAUUGGCAAAUGAUGUUUUGAGGUUGACAGUGGUACAAGGCUUAUUCAUAUAGAAAUUUCCCUUUAGAAGGUACCACAGAAAUAAAUCCUUGUGGGCCAGAUGUCUUUUGAUAUAACCCAGUCUCCAGAAAUUUUGAUGUCUGUAUCUGAUUGUGUAUGGGACAUUGAGAACAACUUUCCACCAUGUGUUACGGGAUGCAGUUUCACGACUGAGGAAUGCACCUCUAUAAUUUAAUAGUUUUUUCAUUUGUUAAUGAUUAUUUUAUUGCCAAGAGUUUGUUCCUGUAGUGAGGAUCAUCGUGUAACUGUAAUUGCACCAGUUGACAGUCUUGGAAAAUUGAAUCAUCUUCACUAAAACUUAUGUUAUACUGUAAACAUACAAAUUAUCAUUGCGGCACGUGUAUGCUUAGUCUUCUAUGGUCAUUUACCAUGUGGUAUAGUAUCAAGCUGACCACUCACUGUUCAUGUCAAAGACCUGUCUUUAUGGCACUGGUGCUUAGACAUACAGACAUGUAAUUUGGUUUACCUAUGGUAAUUUAAAUGGGGAAAGAUAUUUAAAAAAUGUCCAGAAUGUAUAACUAUCUGCUGUUACUUUAAAUAAUAAAUAAAAACUAGUGAUAAUGAA